AUGGCUCUGCCUUUGACGAAGCAGGUCGUAAGCAAGACGAACGAGACGCGGGAGCUGCAGCAGGAGCUCCAGGCGAUUGUGGAGGAGAAGCUGCUGCCGGCAGCCGGUAGAAUGGAGGUGGCCUUGGAAAAGCUCGAGCAUGGCGACUAUGAUGAGCUCUGGAGGACGAAGAAGUUGGAGGACUCUGUCAUUGCGGUGCUGUCAACCUUAGGUUGCGUUGCCUAUGGGAAGUCCGAAGAUCACAGCCAGUGGCUGCCGAAGGUGCACUGGGACCUGGCAAGUGAUCUCAAAGGCCUUGACAAGGACGGCCGGGCCAUGAACGACGAAGCUUUUCGGAGGUUGGAGGAGCACUGUGCCACUCCAUUGUUGCAAAGCGCGACUUCGGCGUCCUGCGGCAGUCGCCGUGUUGCCCAGCUCCUCGAGCAGUGGCUGUUGGGUUACAAAGACUACGCCACGACUGCUCGGGAGUUGAAGCCGCGGAUGAUCCAGCUCCAGCAGCUUCAGCUUGAGCUGCAGGCCAUAGACUAG